GGGGUCUUUCAGGCACCUGCACAGGUGGUCACGCCUUGCGCUGGUCCUUGCAGUCAGCUUGUCCUUGGAGUUGUCCAACAUCCUUCCCAGGGCGCGGGACAGGCAGACAGUCCUGGGUUUUACUGGAGUGGUUGUCCAUAUCUGUAUCCUUUCUGAUAACUAAAGCACCUAGCAGAGAUGGAAGCCUCACCUCCUGAGUUAACCUCGUUUCAAAGCCUCAGGCCUUUCACUGCAUAAUCCCAGGAGGUGUCAUCCACAUCAAGCUGUGAGGAAAGGAACAGAGCUGUGGACACCACUGGGGUGUGACAGGCAGCUGGGCAAGGAUCCAUCCAGGAAGGUUAGGAGCGUCCAUUCACACCGACUGCAGGAGGGAUCACCAGCUCAGUGCGCUUCGGAGCCUGGCCUCCAGAAAGCUUCUCCUUUCCUCGCUGCUGCCAGAAAGGAAAGAAGGAACCUUCAAUCCAACCUCUCUAGCCAGGGAUCCUCUUGUAGAAGGGCACCAUGCCGGUGGAGAGGAUGCGCAUGCGCCCGUGGCUGGAAGAACAGAUCAACUCAAACACGAUACCAGGGCUGAAGUGGCUUAACAAGGAAAAGAAGAUUUUUCAGAUCCCUUGGAUGCAUGCAGCUAGACACGGGUGGGAUGUGGAAAAAGAUGCACCGCUCUUUAGAAACUGGGCCAUCCAUACAGGAAAGCAUCAACCAGGAGUAGAUAAACCUGAUCCAAAAACAUGGAAGGCGAAUUUUCGAUGUGCCAUGAACUCUCUGCCUGACAUUGAAGAAGUCAAAGAUAAAAGCAUAAAGAAAGGAAACAACGCCUUCCGAGUCUACCGAAUGUUGCCUUUAUCUGAACGACCUUCUAAGAAAGGAAAGAAACCAAAGACAGAAAAAGAAGACAGAGUGAAGCACAUCAAGCAAGAACCAGUUGAGUCAUCUUUGGGGCUUAGUAAUGGAGUAAGUGAUCUUUCUCCUGAGUAUGCGGCCCUGACUUCAGCUAUAAAAAAUGAAGUGGAUAGUACGGUGAACAUCAUAGUCGUAGGACAGUCACAUCUGGACAGCAACAUUGAGGAUCAAGAGAUUGUCACUAAUCCACCAGACAUCUGCCAAGUUGUGGAAGUGACCACUGAGAGUGAUGAACAGGCGGUCAGCAUGAGCGAGCUCUACCCCCUGCAGAUCUCCCCCGUGUCUUCCUACGCAGAAAGCGAAACUACGGACAGUGUGCCCAGUGAUGAAGAGAGCUCGGAGGGCCGACCACACUGGCGGAAGAGGAACAUUGAAGGCAAACAGUACCUCAGCAACAUGGGGACACGAAGCACGUACCUGCUACCCAGCAUGGCGACCUUCGUCACUUCCAACAAGCCCGACCUCCAGGUCACCAUCAAAGAGGAGAGCUGUCCCGUGCCUUACAACAGCUCCUGGCCCCCGUUCCCAGACCUCCCCCUCGCCCCCUCCGUGACCCCAGCGCCCAGCAGCAGCCGGCCAGACCGGGAGACCCGGGCCAGCGUCAUCAAGAAGACCUCCGACAUCACCCAGGCCCGCGUCAAGAGCUGUUAAGCCUUCCACUUCCCCUGGUGGUUGUUGGGAUUUCUUGGCUUUGUUUUAUUGUUUGUUUGUAUUAUAUUUUUCUUUCUGACACCUAUUUUAGACGAAUCUUAAGGGAAAAAGCCUUGACAAUAGAACUUUGAUUGCUGUGUCCAACUCCAGUACUGGAGCUUCUUUUUAACUCAGGACUCCAGCCCCUUGGUAGACGCAUAUCUCUAGAGCCUGCUGGAUCUCCCAGGGCUGCUCCCUCAAGUUCAAGGACGUCAUAGGACCAACACCCACACGGGCAGUGAGGUGCUGCAUUGCCUGCGGUCAAGGCCAGCAUGGUGGAACGGAUGCCUCUGAAUGGAGGAGAAAAUGUGAACUAGCUGGAAUUUUUUAUUCUUGUGAAUAUGUACAUAGGGCAGUACUAGCGACGUUGCAGUCUGCUUCUGCACCUUAUCUUAAAGCACUUACAGAUAGACCUUCUCGUGACCCUGCUCUGUUUCAUAGCACAGUCAGCACCCCUCUUCCCUCCUCCCCUCCCUUCCCCCUUCCCAUCUCCUCCUCUUGCUUUGCAGCCCCUCCCCUCCCAGCCCCUCCCCUCGUUUGCCUCCCCUUCAUCCCACCCCCUCCCCUCCCUCCCCUCCCCGGCCCUCCUAUCCCCUUCAUUUUCUUUCCUCCUUUUCCUGCCCUCAAAGGCUGUGUUCCACAUCCCUGAGGAGGAGAAGAAAAUGAACUUCUCCACAGAUGUCCCAUUUUAAAAGACUGCUUUAAAAAACAAAACAAAAAAAAAAAAGAAAAGAAAAAAAGAAAA